AGAAUGGCUGGGAUUGCUAGGGAUUCCUAGGGAGCCUCAAAGCUGGCUGGUUCCAGCCCCUCCUGCCAUGGGCAGGGACGUCUUGCACCUGAACGGGUUGCUGCAAGCCCCGUCCAGCCUGGCCUUGAAUACUUCCAAGGAUGGGGCAUCCACAGCUUCUCGGGGAAAGCUGUGCCGGGGCCUCGGCAUCCUAAUGUGGAUUCCUGCUUUUCCGCAGGAAGAACGCACCUGUAGUUCAUUGAGAUGUGCGGACGGAGCCGCUGCUGAGUGAUGGAUUAGUGAUGGGGUUAGAGCAGGAGGUGCAGGUCCCUGCUUUGUGCUGCUGUUCAAGAACAGUAACACUCUAGAGGGGGAGAAACCCUCCACAAGAACUAUAAGUAUUGUAUUCUUUUACUUUAUUCAUUCGGCAGCCUGAGGGACGCGGAUCUCUCAGCCAGCACUGACAGCCGGCACCGGAGCGUUUCCCUUGGAUUCCUCUGGUUAUCCCUGAGAGAAUAUCCCACUCCAGGGAUAUCUGCCCCACCACCCUGAGCACCCAAUGACAAGCAGCAUUCCUCCUUUUCCCUCUUCCACCGCCCCUGACGGUCUCCUGUUGCACCAGCGGAAAUUCCAAAAUGGAAAUAGGAAAAUACUGGCGCAAGCUCGUGGUACUUUAAAUUGGCCGGAGCUGCAAACACUGCACGGGUAAAUGACGGAAAGUUGCGCUCUCUCCACUGUGGAACACACCAAGGGGCGGGGAAGGGGAAAGGAACAACAACAACCACCGCAAGUUUCCCUUUGUUUACGCUUUUUUUUUUUUUUUUUUCCAAGAAGCUCCACUGGAAAGGAAAGUUGGUGGCGGCUCCGUGGAAACUCCCUCUCCAAGGAGCGGGGCUUGUUGACGUAGGGCAUGCCCGCCGGCUGUUCCAGCAGCAUCUACCCUCCAACUCCCACCAGGAAGACAAACCGAGGACAAUCUUGAAAUACAAAAAUUUCCUCCUUGGAAUUUGCUGCUGCUGCUGUCUCCGCCGCCACUGCUGCUGCCGCGGUGCAGUGCCAAGACUCUCGGAAUAAAUAAAAGAGGGCUACAGUGUGUCUCUAGCUACAGCCGGCUAAUAGCUAUUUUAGUUGGCCGUACAUUUCGAAGAUCACAGAUGAAGUGGGGACGCCUGUCUUCUUCGUUUGGUCAGCGUGUGAAACAAUAAUCCCCGUAACAAAAAGGAGGGAGAUGGGGGAGAAAAAAAAUCCUAACAUGAAUCAGAAGAAAUAGUAUCUAGCAUCCCCCUCAGCCCCCCAAACCAACCUCUUCCCCCCUCCCUUCCCCCGAUCCCUCUCUCUCUCCAUACGCUUGCAGGCGCGGACACGCGCGCGCGCACACAGACACACAGACACGCACACACACUGUACUGUGUAUUUUCGGAGGAGGAGGUGGCUUUUGGAAGAGGAGGUAGCGGUGGUGUCGGGGAGGGGGGAAUCUCUUUCCCCGUCUGGAGAUGGUUGUGCUAUUCCUCUUUGCCUUGCUCUUGAUGGUGGAGGGGGCUUUUUGCCAGCUCCAUUACACGGUGCAGGAAGAGCAGGAGCAUGGCACGUUCGUGGGGAAUAUCGCCGAGGACCUGGGCUUGGACAUUACAAAACUUUCGGCUCGGCGCUUCCAGACGGCGCCCAACUCCCGCAGCCCUUACCUGGAGCUUAACCUAGAAACCGGGGUACUCUACGUGAACGAGAAGAUCGACCGGGAGCAGAUCUGCAAGCAGAGCCCCUCCUGCCUGCUGCACCUGGAGGUCUUCCUGGAGAACCCCCUGGAGCUGUUCCGCGUGGAGAUCGAGGUGCUAGACAUCAACGACAACCCGCCCUCCUUCCCGGAGCCCGACCUGACCGUGGAGAUCUCGGAGAGCGCCACGCCGGGCACCCGCUUCCCGCUGGAGAGCGCCUUCGACCCCGACGUGGGCACCAACUCCCUGCGCACCUACGAGAUCACCCCCAACAGCUACUUCUCCCUCGACGUGCAGACGCAGGGUGACGGGAACCGCUUCGCCGAGCUGGUGCUGGACCAGCCGCUGGACCGGGAGCAGCAGGCGGUGCACCGCUACGUGCUGACGGCGGUGGACGGCGGGCAGCCCCAGCAGCGCACCGGCACCGCCCUGCUCACCGUCAGGGUGCUGGACUCCAACGACAACGUCCCCGCCUUCGAGCAGCCCGUCUACACCGUGUCGCUGCCGGAGAACUCGCCGCCGGGCACCCUGGUGCUGCAGCUGAACGCCACGGACCCCGACGAGGGGCAGAACGGCGAGAUCAUCUACUCCUUCAGCAGCCACAUCUCGGCCCGCGCCCGGGAGCUCUUCGGCAUCGCGCCGCGCACCGGGCGCCUGGAGGUGAGCGGCGAGCUGGACUACGAGGAGAGCAGCGUGUACCAGGUGUACGUGCAAGCCAAGGACCUGGGGCCCAACGCCGUGCCCGCGCACUGCAAAGUGCUGGUGCGGGUGCUGGACGCCAACGACAACGCGCCCGAGAUCAGCUUCUCCACCGUCAAGGAGGCGGUGAGCGAGGCGGCGGCUCCGGGCACCGUGGUGGCCCUUUUCAGCGUCUCGGACCGCGACUCGGAGGAGAACGGGCAGGUGCAGUGCGAGCUGCUGCAGGGCGACGCGCCCUUCCGCCUCAAGAGCUCCUUCAAGAACUACUACACCAUCGUCACCGAGGGGCCGCUGGAUCGCGAGCAGCCGGGCGGCGACGCCUACACGCUGACCGUCGUGGCCCGGGACCACGGCGAGCCGCCGCUCAGCACCAGCAAGUCCAUCCAGGUGCGGGUGAGCGACGUGAACGACAACGCGCCGCGCUUCAGCCAGCCCGUGUACCAGGUGUACGUGAGCGAGAACAACGUGCCCGGAGCCUACAUCUACGCCGUCAGCGCCACCGACCGCGACCAGGGCGCCAACGCCCGCCUCGCCUACUCCAUCCUGGAGAGCCAGAUCCAGGGCAUGUCCGUCUUCACCUACGUCUCCAUCAACUCCGAGAACGGGUUUCUCUACGCCCUCCGCUCCUUCGACUACGAGCAGCUCAAAGAGUUCAGCUUCCAGGUGGAGGCCCGCGACGCGGGCGAGGAGCCGCAGCCGCUGGCCGGCAACGCCACCGUCCACAUCAUCGUGGUGGACCAGAACGACAACGCCCCCGCCAUCGUCAGCCCCCUGCCCGGCCGCAACGGCACCCCGGCACGGGAGGCGCUGCCCCGCGGCGCCGAGCCGGGGUACCUGGUCAGCCGGGUGGCGGCGGUGGACGCCGACGACGGCGAGAACGCCCGCCUCACCUACAGCAUCGCGCGGGGCAACGAGGCCGGGCUCUUCCGCAUGGACUGGCGCUCCGGGGAGCUGCGGACGGCCCGCAGGGUGCCGGCCAAGCGCGACCCGCAGCGCCCCUACGAGCUGGUCAUCGAGGUGCGCGACCACGGGCAGCCGCCGCUCUCCUCCACCGCCGCCGUGCAGGUGGUGCUGGUGGACGGCGCGGGCGAGCGCUCCGGCGGCGGCGGGGGCCCGGCCGCGGGCACCGGGGCGGGGGGAGGCGGCGGAGGCUCCGGCGAGCAUCGCCCCAGCCGCUCCGGGGGGGAUAACUCGCUUGACCUCACCCUCAUCCUCAUCAUCGCCCUGGGCUCCGUCUCCUUCAUCUUCCUGCUGGCCAUGAUCGUCCUGGCGGUGCGCUGCCAGAAGGAGAAGAAGCUCAAUAUCUACACCUGCCUGGCCAGCGACUGCUGUCUGGGCUGCUGCUGUUGCUGCCCCUGCUGCAGCCGGCAGGCGCGGGCCCGCAAGAAGAAGCUCAGCAAGUCGGACAUCAUGCUGGUGCAGAGCUCCAACGUGCCGAGCAACCCCGCACAGGUGCCGGUGGAGGAGUCGGGCAGCUUCGGCUCCCACCACCACAACCAGAACUACUGCUACCAAGUCUGCCUCACCCCCGAGUCCGCCAAGACCGACCUGAUGUUCCUCAAGCCCUGUAGCCCCUCUCGCAGCACCGACGCCGAGCACAACCCCUGCGGGGCCAUCGUUACCGGCUACGCCGACCAGCAGCCCGACAUCAUCUCCAACGGCAGCAUUUUGUCCAGCGAGACAAAGCAUCAGCGUGCUGAGCUCAGUUAUCUAGUUGACAGACCCCGACGAGUAAACAGUUCUGCAUUCCAGGAAGCAGACAUAGUAAGCUCUAAGGACAGUGGUCAUGGAGACAGUGAGCAAGGAGACAGUGAUCAUGAUGCCACUAAUCGAGGUCAAUCCUCUGGCAUGGAUCUCUUCUCCAAUUGCACAGAGGAAUGUAAAGCACUGGGCCACUCAGAUCGGUGCUGGAUGCCUUCCUUUGUUCCAUCCGAUGGACGCCAAGCUGCAGAUUACCGCAGCAAUCUGCACGUACCUGGCAUGGACUCCGUUCCAGACACUGAAGUGUUUGAAACACCAGAAGCCCAGCCCGGGGCAGAAAGGUCCUUCUCCACCUUUGGCAAAGAGAAGGCCCUUCACAACAGUCUGGAGAGGAAGGAGUUCGAUGGACUGCUGUCUAAUACACGAGCGCCUUACAAACCACCAUAUUUGAAACAUGGGUGGCAGCAGAGUAAUCCCCAUCCUACAUCCCCCAGCCCCAGCCCCAGCCGUGUGUCUCACCCUUUACCUGGAUGCACCACUACGAAGGCACUUGCCAUCUCUGGAUCUCAAAGUGGAUUAUAAAGAAUAGUGAUUUAAACCUUCCUGCACCUCUAGGAGAUAGCACGGAAAAGGAUAUGCUAGUCACUUCUACAGGACUUACCUGAAGCAGCAUGAUUUGCACAAAAGAAAGUCGACCAACAAAAAGCAUCAGCUUUCAACUUCAUUAUCUUGGCCAUCCAGUUCUGUGUAACUGAAGGAUUUGUGUGCUGUUGGAGACAUCCUGGCCAACAAUAGGACCUAAUUGCUCUCAGCAGGCCUGAGAAAUGAGUUGAAAUGUGUAGAACUGUAGAAACUUCAGAGGCAACUGAUCUUGCCUCUCUGAUCAGUGUGUGCCUGUUUACAGCACUAUAUAUCUUUCUCUCUCCAAAAUGUCACUGAGCCCUUUAGAUGUUUAUAUUCACCACAAAAAAGCCAAUCGUACAGAUAAAAGAGAUGUGCAUUAUAAAUGCAAUAUCACUGUUUUAAACUUGACUGUUUUAUAUUAUUUUUGUGUGAUUCAAGUGUUCCCCAAACUAUUCCAACUUUACAAGAGAGAUUGUGAUCAUGUUCUUUUCACCUGUGGGUCAUAAAAAUGUUGUUAAUCCGAAGACCCACAAAAUUAUCAAAGACAUUUCUGUAGUUUAUACACCGUGUUGCAAAGUGUUUACUGUACUAUUUCAAAGCUUCUAAAUAAAUAUAAAAUAUAUAUAUAUUAUAUUAUAUAUAAUUUUCCGAAAAACGUGGUACAACUUAGUUGAUUUUUAAAUGGAUUCAUACAGUCUACACCAUACACUAAAGCGAGAAGAUAAUUCAGGGUUCCUAAGCUAUCCUUGCUAAAAACAAAAAAUAAAAUAAACCUUUAAUAGUACUUCCCCAAAAUUGGUAUUUUGGUCGAUCCUGUUUUUCUUGUUUUAAAAAAAAAAAAAAAAAAAAAAAAGCUGUAAGCAACAACAUUUUGUCAAAAAAGUUGUAAGGAAUUUUCAAUGCCAAAGAUGCAGCUGUCAAUAUUACCCGAAUGAGCGCUAUGUACUAUCAGAGGUGUAAACCACUCUCCAUUCUUUUGGUUAUGUUUCUAUGGUUUUUAAUUUGGAAUCACAAAAACCUUUUCUAAGGCUCUAUAAAUUCACCUGUAUAUGUUGUUAAAAAGAACACUGGGUGUCUGUACAUUUUGCAAUGUAAGAUAUAAUGUAAGUGAAGUUAAGUAUUUUAAGAAAAUCAUCCCAAGCUCAUAAAUAUGUAUACAUACAUACAUACAUAAAUACAUACACACACACACACACACAAACACCCACACAUCUCUCUUUAACAUAGUUUUUGUGAAACUAUACAAAUGUAUUGCCUAAAAAUAUUUCUCUUGUGGCUAGGAAUAGUUGUUGAUAGAAUUCAAAUUACAAAGGCAAAGUGUAUGCCAGACUCUUUUAUCACAAAGGAGAUUUCCAAUUAGGAACAUGGCACAUUCUCAGCUGACCCCUCUCCCAUGGGAGUUCAAAUGGUGUUGGCCACCAUCUUUGUUGGGAAAAGGAUUAAGCCCUUGCAUAUAAUCUUUAUGUUCUGUAAUAAUUCUGUGGUCUGAAACAGUAUCUUAGAGCGUUUCUUUUCUAUAAAAUAUUGAAAAAAAGUAAAAUUUCAAAGGUAAAGUUUAAAACUACUUUCAUGUCCAUGGAGUUUAAGUACCAUUUACUAAAUGUAAAAAUCUAGUAAAAUUUUUUCUUUUUUUUUUU